UUGUGUUUAAAAUAUGGCGGGGGGUGACUAUUGGGCAGUAAGAACUUCCAUUAGCUGGAGCCGCUGCUGUCAGUGACUUGCAGAUUUAGUAAGAGAGAACAUGAGCUAGGGAAGGAUGCCUGCAUCUUCUUUCCCCUGCACGGCGCUAUGGGCUGCUCGUUUUGUUCUCGAAUUUAUACGCCCGGUAGACUAUCAAUCCCCAAAUGAAGGUAACACUGAAACUGCUUCAGGAGUAAAAGUCACACAGCCAGAACUCUUAAGAACAAUGGAAGUCAUGAAAACUUUUAAUGAUCAAUCAUUGAACUGUGAUCGUUGUAAUUUUCAUGGCACUGAUUAUGACAGUGUGCAGAUUCAUAAGGGCACCAUACAUCCAGAAUUCUGUGAUGAGAUGGAUACUGCUGGCUUGGGAAAACUAGUAUUUUAUCAGAAAAGCGCAAGACUGUUUCAUUGUCACAGAUGCUUUUUUACAAGCAAGAUAUUUAGCAAUGUUUAUUAUCACAUUUUAUCCCGCCAUGGAAUGUCUGAGAAAUGGAGAACUGAAGAGAAACCGAUAUUAGAAACAAAGUCUGAGGCAAGUUCUGUAAAUAUUUCUGGUAAAAAUUCUGAAAAAAGCACAAGCGAAGAUGAGAAAUCUGUAGCUGAUCAAGAACAGAAGGACAAAUUGAGUGAAGAUGAAAAACCAGAUGAAAAUGAUACCCUUUCUUCUUGGCCAGAGAAAACACCAAAGGAAGAAAGUCAGGAAAGUUCUGAUAGUGAAUCUAAAAGCAGCAUUGUGGAGCAAUCAAUUGCACAAUCCCCAGAAGCAAAAGAGAAAGAGUCCAGCAGUGAACCAGACUUGGAGUCUGAGUCAAGUAGCAGCAGUAGUAAACUAAGUAAAAUAAAUUCUGUUCCUGCAAGAGAUGCUAAUGAAUUUUCUGACAAUGAGGCUACGUCUUCACAUUCAAAAGACAUCCCACAAUUCUCAGAUGAGGAAGAGCCUGAUGAGGAAACACCUGCUUUACCUGAUAGCCUUCCUAAUUUCUCUGAAGAUGAAGAAAUGAUAACACAACCUAAAGGUUUGGAAGAGUCCUCCGAUGAUGAGGAACCUGAUCAGUCUAGGGGAAUUGAGGAUAUAUCUGAAGAUGAGGAGAUGCCAGUGGAUGACAAAGGCAUAGAGAAUGUAUCAGAGGAUGAAGCUCCAAUGCAAACCAAGGAAGUGGCAGAGUCUUCAGAGGAAGAUGAUGUUCCAGCUAAAGAGACAAUAGAUUUUUCUGAUAAGGAGGAUGUGCCACCUCUAACGAAAGAUGCACUGGAAUUUUCAGAAGACGAGCCAACCAGUAUAUCUAAAAACAUGACAGAAUUGUCAGAAGAAGAGGAUGAGUCUGCAGUUGCAGCAAAAAAUUUAAUGGGGUUUACAGAAGAAGAAGAGGAGGUGGCAAAUGUAUCAAAAAACAUUAUGGAGUUUUCAGAGGAGGAGGAGGACACACCAUCACUGUCUAAAGACAUUAUGGAGUUCUCAGAAGAAGAAGAAGAUACUCCAGCAAUGUCCAAGAGCAUUAUGGAAUUUUCUGAAGAAGAGGACGGUUCUCCUCCAUCCAAAAAUAUGCCCAAAUAUUCAGAAGGUAAUUUGACUCCAACUCAGUUAAAAGACACACUAGAUGAUACUGAGGAUGGGAAUACUUCUGCAAUGAAGAAACCAUCUGCAUUAUCAGAAGAUGAGGAAACUCCUAUCAAAUCAAAUUUUGCAAAGUCAAAGGAUGCACCAUCUAGCUCAAUGCUAGAAGAGACCCCAACACACACAGCAGGAGGCUUUCCAUUGUCAGAAGAUGAGGCAGCAUCAUCCUGGUCUAAAGAUUUAUCAGAGACACCAGAAACUGGUGACAUUUCUGCAAAUGCUUCAGAUAUGCCUGAUACUUCUGAUGAUAAAGAUGGAUUUAUCAGAGAUGAGGAAAUAAUGAAACAUGUUCGGCGGGUAAAGGGAAAGUUUUAUUGCAUGUUAUGUGAAUGCCGUCCACUUAAAAAGGGACCUGUGUUGCACCAUCUAAUUACUAGGCAUAACAUGCCCAGCCCAUUUAUUUGUAAAACAUGUGGGAAAACUUUUGUUAUGGAGACACAUCUUAAAAACCAUUUGUCGUCCCAUACCAAAGGUUUGUAUAAAUGCAGCCGUUGCAAUUUUCAGACAGAUCAUCCAAGAGGGUUUAAAAAACACCAAACGCACUGCCAGAGAGUCCACAAAGAUGAGACAGAGCAGACUGUUUUGGACUUUGAACAGAAUAAAGAGGAAAACUGAUAGGAUUCUUGACAGGGUGGGAUUUAGUGGAGUGAAAACUUUUAUUCGAUUAAUGUUAGCCUCUUCCAAUAAAAUUGUUCUGUAUUUUAUUAAAGGGAAAGUUUUUCUUAAA